GCAGGUGUCCAGGGUGGAAAAGAGAGUAAUUGGUUUCUAGCACUGCCUUGAAUUAUUUUAUUUCGCCAUGUAUUUAGGUACUAGGAAAUGCACUCACUUAUAAUCUGAGAGAGUUUCAAUUACUUUCAGUCAGAAAGUAAUCCCCAAACUAAUCCUUUUGUAAAAAAUUGAAAUGUUACCUAGUAUGUUUUACCGUGAUGAUCUGGAAACGAGGACUGUCACAAAGGAAUUGUAUUACAGUAAAGAGUCUGCACGCUUACUUAUAGAAGACAACUUCCACCUGAGAACAGCUAACUGGGGGGACCACGGGAAUCACUAAAACUUUUUUUUAAACAGAAAAAAAUUUUAAAGUCAUUUUGAAAGGUCUUGGAACUUGCAGAUGCAAAGGGAAAAACAACAAUCCCAAGAGGUAAAAAAUGAAUAAGGCGGAUGACAUCGCACUUAGUGAGACAAGGACGAAACAGGCGGUCCUGGGAGGGAGCUCAGAGACACCUGGUCAAGGUGACUAUGUGCUCUUCUCCAGCAGGUGUGUGCAGCUGUGACCAGGGGACAGGUACAAAGACGUCUAUUGCAGCACUGUUUGUAAGAAUGAAAAAGAUUCCAUGGACUGAAUAAAUGAAACAUUCCGUUCAUAAAAUGAAUGAAUGAAAUAUAUUCCACAUGAUGAAUGAAUGGAAUGAAUGGAAUGAAUGAAAAAUGGGAACAUCUUAAAGGUAGCUUGUUCUACAUUCCUGUAAGUCUCCUUACAGCUCUCGGGGACAGUUAUCACCCCAUCCAACAGUUGAGGACACAGAAUCACAGGCGGGAUUGGUGUCCUUACAGCCACGCCACGUCCAACAAUAGAGAUUUUUUUAAAAAUUUAAUUUAUUUUUGGCUGUGUUGUGUCUUAGUUGCAGUGUGCGGGCUUCUCACUGCAGUGGCUUCUCUUGUUGCAGAGCACGGGCUCUAGGCCCACGGACUUCAUUAGUUGUGGCUCACGGGCUUAGUUGCUCUGUGGCAUGUGGGAUCUUCCCGGACCAGGGCUCGAACCCGUGUCCCCUGCAUUGGCAGGCGGAUUCUCAACCACUGCGCCACCAGGGAAGCCCCCAACAAUAGAGAUUUGAAACUAAAUUCUGUCUGGGUCGAGUCGGGUUGUCUUGUAUACAGGUUAGAUUGGGACAGAGUCGGCCUAAUGUGGACGAGCAGAUUAGCUGCUUUAGGGAAAGAGCAGUUAAUGACGGGACCCAGGCAUCUGGAGCUGAGCUAAGACCGAUUCUCCCCCAAAUGGUGUCAGACGGAGCAGGGACUUGCAGCUCCAGAGGUGGGGACGGCAGAGGUGGGACAGCUCCUGGGGACUGGCCAUCCUGUGGGUGGCUGCCUCUCUAGCAGUGAGUCCCAGGAGGAAGAGGAUUACUUAGAGUCCCUUUCAAAAUGCAUACACCUGCAUAUAGAGGAUCCCCUGCACACCUAAUCUACGUAGGUCCCCAAAAUAUAGGUACUUUCUUCUCAUUCCAUUACUAAGGUGAUAGUGGGGACAGUACUCCCCGGUGGACUUUUAUGCCUUGUCCAAGGACAUUUCAUUGUAUUUCCCACUUAGAGACUUACUAAAUCACUCUCCAGCUGACUACAGUUCAAUGCUGAAGUACUUAGCUUAUCUGACCUUGGCAUUCAUUAAUUUUAUCACACCAGCAGGAACUUAUUCAUAUUCUUUUCCCCCUUCCCUACAAAGCCACGUGGCCCCAAGUGGACCCAGUUCUCUCCUAAUGCCUGAGGGGGAGUUCCUUAAACACCUUCCUAUCUUAAAAGUUGUCUGGAGUGUGCUGGUCCAAACCCCCAACUCCUUGCCGUCAGUAGAUUUAAGGGGCCCUUUUGUGCAUGAGUGUUCUGAGAUGCCAUUAAAAUUCUUACAAAAACUGAAAGUGAAAUGAGGAAGACUGAUUGAGCAAUCACAUAGAAGGGCGAAUGCCAGGAAGACCUAUCAUACAGUAGGGGCAGAGAUGCGGCCGGGCAGAGAGAAGAAAAUUCAGGAGAACUCUCCGGAGGGCGAGCGCCGAGCUGGGCCAUGUAGUCAAUGUAGGACAUCAACAAACACAGAUAACAGGAAAUGAUCCAUUCUCUGUGGUCACUUAUUCAAGGGGCCCGAACCUUCAAAGUUCAAGGAGGGAAAUGGAUGACUCCACAGGGGAGCAGUCACGCCUUUCUCGCCUUAAGACCAGAGACGAAAUGAAACUGAAGGAGACAGUCUCCAUCCUCCCCCGGAAGGAAAGCCCCUCUGUCCGCUUCUCCAAAGAUGGAAAGCUGCUGGCCGUGACCCUGCUGCUGGCCCUGCUGUCCUGCUGCCUCACGGUGCUGUCCUUCUGCCGCCUGGCUUCCCUGCAAGCAGAGCUGGGAAGGCUCCAGGCAGAGCUGCGGGAGCUGCCCGGCGCCCCCCAGGCGGGAGCCGCAGCCCCCAGGGCCGCCCUGUGGGAGGCUGCAGCCGCCACCUCCGCCCUGAAAGGGAGCUUUGCGCUACCAGCUCCAGGAGAAAGCAACUCCAGCCAAAGCAGCAGGAGUAAGCGUGGCCUGCAGGAUGCAGAAGAAACAGUCACUCAAGACUGCUUGCAGUUGAUUGCAGACAGUGACACGCCUACCAUACGAAAAGGAGCUUACACAUUUGUUCCAUGGCUUCUCAGCUUUAAAAGAGGAAGAGCGCUAGAAGAAAAAGAGAAUAAAAUAUUGGUCAAAGAAACGGGUUACUUCUUUAUAUACGGUCAGGUUUUAUACACCGAUAACACCUUUGCCAUGGGACACCUAAUACAGAGGAAAAAAGUCCAUGUCUUUGGGGACGAAUUGAGUCUGGUGACUUUGUUCCGAUGUAUUCAAAAUAUGCCUGAAACACUACCCAAUAAUUCCUGUUAUUCAGCUGGCAUAGCAAAGCUGGAGGAAGGAGAUGAACUCCAACUGGCAAUACCACGCGAAGAUGCUAAAAUAUCCCGGGAUGGAGACGGCACGUUUUUUGGUGCACUGAAACUUCUGUGACCUACUUACACACCUUGGUGUGGCUGUUUUCCUCCCUUUCUUUGUACCUCUAAAGAGAAAACACUUAACUGGAAAUACCAAAAGGAAAAAAAAAAAAAGGUAGUUACCAUAGCCUGGUUUGCUGAAACUAGACCAAAACAGGAAAUUUAACAGACAACCACAGCCAAAGGGUGUCAUGUGAAUUAAAGAACUAGAGCCCGUUUAAGGAAAAAUAGAACUAGAAAGACUUUUCACUAUAAUGCCAUGUUGAACACCUUAGUCAUAGUUUCUUACCUUGCAAGAAGCACAGGAUUCAAAGGGGCAGUAAUCAUUUCUUCAGAAAUGGUAUCCCACUGUUUGCUAUGGGACAGCACCCAUGGCUGUAGGACAUUAAGACAUUUGGGGGAAACCUGAGGAUUUAUCCUCUAUUUUUAUGUUAAAUACCCUUUCUCCAUUUUCAGUUAAUAUUGAGGAAACUAAAAAAAAGAAAAAAAAAGUAUAGAAAUCUUGCAUUCCAUACAUGAAAAAGUAACUAAAAGUUUAAAUAUCAUUAAACAAUCGGACUCAAAAUAGGAUAUAGGUACUAUUUAAGUCUUUUAGGUUUAUUUCAAGUUUGCAGUUUUUAGCUCUAAUAGCAUAUAUUACCUGCUGGAACACUCCUGGACAUCUUUCACAGGAGGGAAAUAAUUCUCUCAUGUGUUUACACUUAGGUGUAUUUUUUAUAGCUAAUUUCAGUUACUUCAGAAACUUUUAAUGUAGGGUAAUUCCAAUUCAUGCAUAUAAGCAUUAAUUGAAAGAAAUAACUAUAAGUGUUUUGACCUAAAAAUAAAAUCUGCCAUAGAAGUUAAUAAGUACAUUUGUAAUAAUGUAAUAUCAUUUCCCUUUAUUUCCUAUCCUUCUAUUUUAAACUGCUGGUAUUGUAGUUCACAUAUCCCAGCCUUUAAAAAAUACUCAUGUUAUUAGCUUUACAGAAGUUGAGGUUUAAUUAAAGUUCUUGGCAUCCUGAGUAUGUUAUAUCCCAUGUGCUUGUUCCAAAGAUUAUCACAUGCCAGAAGACAUUGUCCUAAUUUUCAUUUUAUAAAGACUCAUUUUUGAGAAUGCUGUAAUACUUAUCUUUUAUAACGUCAUGUGUUUUGCUUAUAUUUUUAAAUGUCAUCAGUUUAAACAGUUUACUUCAUUGUUUAAACAGAUGGAAAAAUAGACCCUGGUCUACACUAGUUUUCCCCAGUUUACAUUAAAAUAUUUUUAAAGGUAUUUUUUUCAAAACAAAA